AUGACGAGCUUGUUCCGGCCUCAGAAUUCUCAUCCUGUUGUCUGUCAUUUUGAAUGGAAAGAAACUGAUUGUCUUUGUACGCAGGUUUCAGUCAGCUGCCGUUCACGCAGGCGGUCAACCUUUCCCCGGCUCAUCAACCAGGCCCCGCGCCAACUAUGA